AUGGGUCUUUUUCAGAGUUCUGGGCUCUCUUCUCUUUUCUGUCUGCUCUCGUGGACGCACGCUGCUGCUUUCAACCUUGACACCCGGAAUGUCCUCAGGAAGAACGGAGAACCGGGAAGCCUAUUCGGAUUUUCACUUGCCAUGCAUCGGCAACUCAGACCGACUGAUAAGAUGGUAUUGCUGAUUGGUGCGCCACAUGCUAAAGCCUUAGCCCAACAGAGAGCUAACAUAACAGGAGGUCUGUACAGUUGUGACAUCACCACCCAGCUGAACGACUGCAAACGUGUGCAGAUCGACAAUGAAGUGGAUCUCACAGUUGAGAAUAAGGAGAACCAGUGGAUGGGAGUAUCAGUGCAGAGUCAGGGCCCAGGGGGGAAGAUUGUGACCUGUGCCCAUCGCUAUCAGAUGCGGCAUUUUGGGAACACGCCCCAGGAGUCCCGGAGCAUCACUGGCCGCUGCUACAUGCUUAGCGAAGACCUGAGCAUCAGUUCGGAGGAGGACGGGGGUCUGUGGAACUUCUGCGAGGGCCGAGGCUCCGGGUAUGAAAGGUUUGGGUUCUGCCAGCAGGGCCUGUCUGCGACCUUCACUCAGGACUACCACUACAUAGUGUUCGGGGCCCCGGGAGCCUACAGCUGGAAAGGCACUGUGCGAGUGGAGCAGAGGAACAGCACUCUGCUGGACCUGGGCUAUUUUGAUGACGGACCCUAUGAAGUCGGGGAUGAGAAUCUUCUGGACCCAGAUCUAGUUCCGGUGCCUCCAAACAGUUAUUUAGGGUUCUCAGUGGAUUCUGGGCACAGCAUCAGCAGUAAGGGCCAGCUCACGAUUGUGUCCGGUGCACCAAGAGCCAAUCACAGCGGGGCCGUGGUACUGCUGAAGAAAGAGUCUGAGGCCUCCUACAGGCUCUCUGAGGAGUUCAUCCUGGAGGGACCAGGACUGGCAUCUUCCUUUGGCUAUGAUGUGGCAGUGCUUGACCUCAAUGGAGAUGGGUGGCAGGAUAUCGCAGUGGGAGCCCCUCAGUUCUUCCUGAAGGAUAGAGAGGUGGGGGGUGCAGUGUUUAUCUACAUAAACCAGGAGGGGCAUUGGGACACGGUGGUACCCAUCCCCCUCUAUGGGCUCAAAGACUCCAUGUUUGGCCUGGCAGUGGAGAAGGUUGGGGACGUGACGCAGGACUCGUAUGAAGACCUGGCUGUGGGGGCCCCUUACGAUGGGGCAGGGGCAGGAAGAGUGUACAUUUAUCAUGGCUCCAGCCAUGGAAUCACCACCACACCUGCACAGAUCCUUGAAGGACAUGAUCACAAUGUCAAAUUAUUUGGGUAUUCUCUGGCUGGGAAUAUGGACUUGGACAGAAAUUCCUAUCCUGACUUAGCCAUUGGCUCUCUCUCAGAUGCAGUAUUUGUAUACAGGGCAAGACCUACUGUUCAUAUUGACAUGGAUAUCAAAACUUCACCAAAGGAGAUUGACAUGACAGAGAAAACCUGUGGAAAUAGUGUUUGUUUGACAGUCAACGCAUGCUUCACCUACACAGCGAACCACGUUUCCUACAACCCAAAACUGACGAUCGCCUACAGUAUUACUGUGGAGUCUGACAGGAGGAAGCAAGGCCUGCCAUCUAGAGUUGCAUUUGUGACGGAUACAAAGUCACCAGAGCAGUCACAGGGCAGCGGAUCCCUGGAGCUGCGGGGCCAGAGGAAGAGGAGCUGCAUCUCUGCAGAACUCAAACUGCAGGAUGGCAUCCAGGACAGGACACAGCCUAUUGCCAUCCAGACAUCUGUGUCUAUCAAGAGCAUCCGACGCAGGACGAGGCACAACUCUCUCCCUGAUCUACUUCCUGUUCUCAGCUCUGGGCAGCCGAGCAAGAUCAUCUCUGAGGUUGGAUUUUUGAGGCAAGGCUGUGGGAUUGACAACAUUUGCCAGAGCAACCUGCAGCUACAGUAUAAGUUCUUCUACAGAGAACACAGCAAAGACGUGUUUGUGCCAUUACCUGUGGAGAAUGGCAUGCCCGUGAUGUCCCUCAGUGGACAGAGGGCCCUGGCUCUGGAGGUCACUGUGACGAACAGCAGGGGGGAAGAUGCCCAUGAUGCCCAGCUGGUGGGGCGCUUCCCCCCUGCCCUGCGCUACUCCGCCUUCCACUCUCCAAGGGCCACGGCUAAACAGGUGCUCUGUGUAGCCAAUCAGAAUGGAUCACAGACAAACUGUGCACUGGGGAAUCCAUUCAAAAGAGAUUCAGAAGUCAGUUUCUUCAUUCUGCUGACCCCUGGAGAUAUUUCUCUGAACACCACAGAAGUUGAAAUUGACCUGCAGUUCACAGCGGCCAGUGAGCAAAGGCAGGCAACUCCAGUGAAAGCCAGAGUGAAAGUCCUGAUGGAGCUGUUUCUCUCUGUAUCAGGAGUGGCCAAACCUUCCCAGGUCUACUUCAGAAGCCAGAAUAAACGGCAGACUGCCAUUAAGACAGAAGAGGAGAUUGGCAGCCUCAUUGACUAUCAAUUCAGGAUAAAGAAUUCGGGCAAGCCUCUAAAAUCACCUGGGACAGCUUCUCUGCACAUCCAAUGGCCCAAAGAGAACGCAGAUGGGAAAUAUAUUUUAUAUUUGGUGAAGAUCAGCUCUCAUGAUUUGGAUGAUGUCCAGUGUACCCCUGAACAAGAAAUAAACCCAAUAAAAUCUAUCAAGGAGUCUUCAAUAUCUAGGAGCAAACGUGAAGACAGAGAUGGAGCAGCAGAUGAAGACAGAUUCUCUCCAUUUACAACCAAACGAAAACGCAAAAUUCUGACCUGCGCCAGUGAAGCCAGAUGUGUGGAGAUUAGAUGCCCCCUGCUGGCCUUGGACAGAAGUGCAGACGUCUCACUGAGAUUCCGCCUCUGGAACAGCACCUUCUCAGAGGAUUAUGCAAACUGGGACUAUCUGAAGAUUGUUGUAAAAGCGUUCAUAAGGCUCGAUGACUCAGCCCGGAACAAGAUUCUGAGAAAUUCUAUGACCGAAGUUAGUGUCACGGCGUUCCCAGAGAGGGUGCUGAUGCAUUAUGGAGGAAUGCUGUGGUGGAUCGUUCUCCUGGGUGUGUUGGCAGGGUUACUAAUGCUGGCUCUUCUGGUGUUUCUGCUUUGGAAGUGUGGGUUCUUCAGCAUCACCAACAAAGACCAGCACCCUGAAGCCUCAGGGAAAGCUGGGAUCCACGCUCCCGCCCCUGUCAGAGAGGCUCAAACCUGA